AUGCUUGCCAACAGGUUGGAGGCCGCCACCUCGCGCUUGGAGGAUAUGGCCAUGACCCUCGAAGAGCCUGGCUCACCGAAGGAUUUGGGUACUGCACCAGCUUCUGGACCUGUUGCUCCUGCACCUCCUAAGCCAGCAGCUCCCCCGGCUCCUCCCGCACCCACAGUUCCGCCGCAAAUCGAAGACUUCGACGCAUUGAUCAAAGGCGAUGUUGGCAACUUUGUGGAGCUAGGAGCGAAGAUCGGAAGCCUUGUUGAAGAACAGUCGAAAGCUGUCUUGCAAGCCUUCCAGGCGGAGCGCACUUACCUCUAUGUCUCGACGAAGGCUAAGAAGCCAGAACCUCAGCCCCCGGAGCUUAUGACCGAGCUUCACAAUGCUUCUGAUACUAUCGAUACCAUCCGCGAGUCCAACCGACCCUCCCCCUUGUUCAACCACCUGAGUGCUGUCGCAGAAGGCAUUGUGGCUCUGGGCUGGUUCUUUGAGACGAAGCCCGCUGAUUUCGUCAGCGAGAUAGUCGGGGGAAUUCAGUAUUAUGGUAACAAAGUGUUGAAGGAUUACAAGGAGAAGGACCAAACCCACGUCCAAUACAUCCAAGCCUACUAUCAGAUCUUUAAGUCGCUUGCCGCAUAUCUGAGAAAGCACUACCCCAAGGGCCUGACCUGGAACGAUCAGGGUGGUAUUGAUGCGAAAGACGCCCUUAAAGAAGUCAAGGGAGGUGCUGGCGCUGGCGCUGGUAGCGCAGGACCCCCUCCCCCUCCUCCCCCCCCUCCUGUGCCGGCUCUGAAUGUGCCCGGAGGAGCCCCCCCGCCUCCUCCACCACCACCGGGCAUGCCUCCUGCGGCGCCCGCUCCCGCAGCACCUGCUCCUGAUAUGGGCGCCGUUUUUGACCAGCUGAACCAAGGAGAUGCAAUCACUUCAACCCUCCGCAAGGUUGACAAAUCCGAAAUGACGCACAAGAACCCCAGUCUCCGAGCCAGCUCGACUGUCCCAGAACGUCCCGACUCCUCGGGUAGCAUCUCUCGCUCCAGGUCCCCAGCCCCUAACAAGAAGCCCAAGCCCGAGGCCAUGCGCGCUCGCAAGCCACCUCGCAAGGACCUCGAAGGCAACAAAUGGUUCAUUGAAAACUUCGACAACCCGGGUGAGAUUGUCGAGAUUCCUGCCAAGCAGAACCAAUCCAUCCUCAUCACCCGGUGCAACAAGACUAUCGUGAAGGUUUCCAACAAGGCCAACGCUAUUGCCAUUGACAACUGCAACGGUCUCUCUCUCAUCGUUGACUCUUUGGUCAGCAGUCUCGAUGUUAUCAAGUGCCCCAAGUUCGCCCUUCAAAUCGAUGGAGUGGUUCCCACCCUUCUCCUCGACCAGGUGGAUGGUGCCGUGGUCUACCUGGGCCAGCAGAGCUUGAACACCGAAGUCUUCUCUAGCAAAUGCACAGCGGUUAACAUCAUGCUUCCACCAAAGGAAGGAACCGAUGAGGACACCAAGGAGUGCCCUAUACCCGAACAGAUGAAGACCUACGUCAAGGAUGGUGUCCUUGUGAACGAGAUUGUUGAGCAUGCCGGUUAA